UUAAAAAAAAGUAUUUGACAAGGCAGGGGACACAAACUGAAAAUUUUGGGGGGGGUUUGUUUUGUUUGUUUGUUUGUUUGCAGAAGUGAGAUGAAAUAGGAGGACAGGCAGAGGGUGUUCACUUAUCUCCACUCGCUCGCUCCCACCCACAUCAGACCAUCAUCCAUUCUUCAACUUGACACCAUCCUUCCACUCAGACAAGACGACAGAGAACACAUAUGCGGUUUCAAGCUGGAGCAAGUUGAGAGAUGAACAGUCAAGUGGACCGCCCGGACAACGAGCGAGCAUCCCCCGCUGAACGAUGAGAAGGGUCCGCUGUCGCUUUAGUUGUCUGUGCACUCCAGGAAAGUGUCCUGCUCCAGCAUGUCCAUGUUGUUCCUGAUAUUUUGCAAGACUGGUGUGAGACGCAAACUCCAGAUGCUUCCAGGGAAAAUGGUCAACACUGUCUACAGUGAUGAGGAAAGGGGAACCCAAGACAAGGAAAGCAAGGAGGAGACCAUCUUGGCCAUGUUGGGCAUCAUUGGGACCAUUCUUAACUUGCUGGUCAUCAUCUUUGUUUACAUCUACACCACGUUGUAGAGCGGUUCAACAUCAAGAACAGCAAUGACGACCAAUGUGAAGACAUCCACAGGAGGAUGGCGGUGGAGGAAAGACUGGAACGGGAUCAAACGGGAUCUAAGACCAUACGGUGAACGUGCAAAUAUCCAGAACACUGGGUUGUACGUACAUAACGCGUGAGGCUAAUAAUGACUUUGAAGGCUUUAAAGUGCAGCUCCAAUGCUCAAAAAGGACUGCAACGACUUUUGGAAAAAGCAUUUUCUAAUACUAAAUAUUCUCAUCUUAAAUAUGUGUUUCAGAUUUUCUUCUGCGGAAUAAACAAAGUGGACUGUACGGAGACUUUUUCUAUGAGAGUUUCUUAAUAAAAGACAAAUGUGUGUCAUUGUGAACAGACUUGGGAAAGAAUUUAAAUGUAUUUUUAGGUUUCUUAGGUUAUUCUUCAGAAUAACCCAACUGUGGCUUGUCUGAGUGUGUUUCCGAGGUGAAAUUGAUGUCAGUUUAAACUGCUGACAUGAUCAAAAGUUGAAUUUAACUUCUACUCCUUCAAAUCACAAACUACUUGAGGUCAAGUAACCCAGUUUGUGUCAAAUUAAUCAAUAAUUGACUGAAGUUUUGCCCAUCCUUAAUAUAAACACAUUGCUUUUGUAUCCGAUAUCAAAAGGCUGGCUUGUGCAUCUACGCCUUAAAUAAAUUCCCAGGAACUGUUCACUUAUCAAGUUAUUAUUAUCCAAUGAAUUGCUUCACCUGUAUACUGUAAACAAAUGUACAAGUUACACUUUUAAUACUUAAUAGGGUCAUUUUUAUAAAUGUGCUAUUUAAUUUAUAUUGUGAAGUCCAAGAGCUAUACAGUAAACUGUUGACAUUUCAUUAUAAAGGGUAAUAUGUUUUCUGGUAUUGGAACAGAAAACAUUUUUACAUUUAUAUACAGUGGAGCCAGUGAAAUAAUUUGUUUCAUGAUGUUGGUUGACUUUCAAAUUUCAAAAUAUUUUUAAAAGGUGAUUUAAAAUCCUUCCAGGGUCAAUAUUAAAACCUUUAUUAACUGUACAGACAAUGUUUUAUGUAACAUUUUAACAUUCCUAACUGUUGUACCAGUAAAAAGAAAGGUUCACCACUGUACAGGCAUCAUUUCGUUGAGUCUUACAACAUAACAGCCCAAUCUUGCUAAAAUUAUUAUUUUUACAAGGUGUGUAAAAACUAGCUCGUUUAUUUUUUACUUUUUUUUCCCAGGAUAAAAACAGAAAAUCACAAUACCCUUGCUACCACUCCUGUUCUUCUAUGUGGCAAAAAUUCAGACUAAAUUCAAUCAAUGCCUUUGUGAUAUCAGUUAUAAAAUCUUUAUCUGUUUGAAUAUCCUCUUGGAAGUUUGCUAAAUACAUUUAAAAAUAAUUAACACGGAGCCUAUUUAAUUUCGUUUGCCUUGGUACAGUGAUUUUCCAAGUGUGGCUCCCUCUAUUGGUAUGCGAAAGAAUCACUGUAUAAGUCCAGUUCAGUUACAUUAAAUUUUUACGAUCUGUUUGUUUUGAAACAUAAUUUUAGGUUCAACUUUAAUUCACAUUUUAUGUGUAAUUUUGAUAGAAUCUUUUUGCAGUAAGCAUAGUGUUAAUGUUCAAAUUGUGCAUAAUGUUACAGUGGCUUACAAUAAUGGUAGGUAUAUUUUUUAGGAAUAAAAGCUCAUUUUUUAAAUCAACAUUUAGGCCUUCUGACUUACUGUAUUUGACUAUUGGUCAUGAUGGUGGUACUAGGAGAGCCAAUUAUUUUUUUAUGUGUUCCUUUGAAUAAAAGGUUUCAGAACCACUGACCUAGGACAUGUAAAUAAUCAGCUAUUCAAAUUAUUUCAGGGACAACCUGUAAAAUAAAACCGAAUGGCAUGUUUAAGCAAAACACACUUGUGGAAUCCUGUUAGUUUAUGCUAAGUUUACAUUAAUGGUUCCGGCGGCCACGGCAGCCCAGUUUCCGGCCACCUGGCGUUCCACUGUAUUUUACAGGUGUACCUAAUGGUUUGUUCAGGAACACUAUUGACGUAUAGCAUGCAGGAAGUUGAAUAGUUGGUCAUCAAGAGUGCAUCGCCAACAACCUCAUGACUUCAAAAAGUGCCUGAGACCUCACUAGCACGUUCUCUUGGAAGGAGCCCAAAUGGGGACUUAAUCAUAAAAGAGUGAAAAGCUCUGCUGGAAAAGCUCCAUCCACCACAAGACUGCACUCCUCUAACGUGGAUGAAUACAGUAUUUCUAUUGAAAAGGGAAGGCCUAUUAAGCACACAGUGUUCUGAAUGUAUUCAUUGUCAGUGUUGAUUAUCCCUAUGGUUUAGCUAUCCUUCAGAAAUGUAUUCACACUAUUCUGCUGUUUAAGUGUAUGAUAUCAAAUGGCACUUCUUGACUUGUGAGCUUUUUUUCAUACUGCAAUCUUUUUGCAAAAGAAAACAUCCAAGGAAUAAAGUGAUUUUAGUGUACCAGAA